CAAAAUGAAGUGUUGCAUGCAUGUAGUAUGUGCUCCGCGGCAGUCAAAUUUGACGGCUUUUUCCCUCUGUUCUUGGGUAAAAUUUCGAGAAUGUGCCGAGAGAUGGAAACGUCUAUCUAGCGGUUAUUCAGAUAAGGCUAAGAAGGUUUGGUCAGCUCUUGAUUUAGCUGAAAACCAGACUCUGAACAAAUUUAAUGACAUCAAGUUUCGAUAUGGAUACCACCGCAAGUGCUACCAGCGAUUCACCGAUGUUUCGUUGCUGACAGCAGCCGAAAGAUUGCUACAACAGCAGCAAGCCUCUAGUUCUACUUCUGCCCAAUCUCUCCAAAGUUCCAGUCGAGAUGAAGAAGAAGGUGACCAACAAGAGGCCACAGAAGAACCAUCAGCAAAGCGUCUCCAGGUGCCGGAGUUACCAAGGGAAUGCUGCCUAUGCCGCUCAAACCGAUAUUGCCGGGAAAGGCUUUCAGGCAAGAGGAUGAGAGAGAGACUUGUCGCCUGUCAGAAGCUAGAAACCAGCAGUUUAUUAAAGAAGGCAGCAAAGAUGACUGGUAAUCAAGCAUUAUUUCUCCAGAUCCAGGGCAAGGACUUAGUUGCAUCUGAGGCCCACUACCAUGCCACUUGUUACAGGGAAGCAACUAGAAUCUUCAGAAAAAGACCCAGAGAGGAAGAGAACCCAGAAGAAGCUGCAUAUCUCAUUAGUUAUGAAGUAUUUUGUAGAGAUGUUAUUGAUGGGAGGAUAAUUGACAAGAAAGAAAUCCUUAGAAUGACAACAUUAUCAGUGAUGUUUGUUCAGUGUGUACAGAAAAAUCAGGGAUUAGAUGCUUCUUCCUACAGACCAGACACUCUAAAGAAGAGGUUGCGAAAGUCAUACCCUCAACUGCAGUUUGUCAAAGCGUAUCUCAGCCUGGAGAGUGAGCUGGUGAUGGUUCACACCAUUCCAGUACCGGAUAUCAAAGACUCUUUAAAAGUGCAAGAGAUAUUCACCUCAAGUGACAGUGAAGAUAUGAGCACCAAUGAUGAGAGAAAUUUGAGCGCAACUCCAGCGACACAUAAAUUAGGGGAUAUGUAUUCCACAGCUCGCAGCCUGAGGGAGGAGUGCAUGGCUGUUGAUGCAUCCCAAACAUGGCCACCAACCGGAAGGGAUUUGUCUCUAAAUGUUGCUAGGGACAAAGUACCAGUUAGGAUAUAUAACUUCAUAGCAUGGAUGAUCGGAGCCUCAAAUGAGCCAGUUGAGGACAGGCGAGUUAUUGUACCAGACUACUUUGACAGAAGGAUCCUGUCCUUGGCACAAGAUAUCAUCUGUGCUACAAAACAAGUAAAGAAGCACCUACCAUAACAGUCAGAGUCUGCCCUGGCGAUGACAGUACGUCACACCACUGGCUCUGCAAAAAUCGUCAAUCUACUCUAUGGCUAUAGACACACAACAUCACACAGGUCGGUCCUAGAACAUGACACAGCUCUAGCUGAGAGCGAGAUUAAAGCAUAUCUGCACUAAUUUGGCCAGGAGGGAUUAGACCUCCCUGCGUGGUCACUGACAGGUGGU